AUGAUUUCGGAUUUUUUCCCUGGUAAAGGAUAUAUAAAUAUAUGGGGUGAGAAAGGAACGCCGGUGAUCUCAUGUGAGCGUGAUCGUAUACGUGUGGAAAUUGCAACAACUCGUCCAUUUGCCGGAAAAAUUUUUGUCAAAGGAGAAUAUGCGAACAAAGAUUGUGUUCGAUACUACGCCAAUGGCUCACCAGUAGCAGCUCAGCAAGAGUCAUCAGAAACAACGAUGGGAGCGCCAACAAUAACGGAUAACAGUGGGGCAAAUAUAGAAAAUGCGGAAAGUAAGGAUGACGAAGCACCACUGGACAGCUCUCUUUGGGUAGGAAACGAAGAAAAUGUGGAGGAAGCAGCCCUGCCACUCCCUCGUCCUGAACAAGCUUAUCGAUUUACUAAUGGCGAUGAAGUGCUCACCAAAAUAGCACAAAAUCAAAAAAACGUUGAUGAAAAAAUUCCCAUCGUAAAAGUGACCGAUCUGACUGGUAAAGAAGGCAGUACCAGCUUUAUCAGCUCAUCGAAAUGGUCGGGCCACGGCGGUGCCAGUUCGACAAGCCUUAAACCCGGUUCACCGUAUCUUGGCGCGUUUGGUGGGUCCCACGGUGAAUCCACAACCAUCAAGUCGGAAGCGGAAAGAACAACGCAAGGAUCAGUUUCCAAAUCGGAAACUUUGACUCAAAGAUCGAGUUCUACCACAUCACAUUUGAAAAUCUACCAAAAAUUGAAAGCUGACAAGGAUGGUCAGUUAAAACUGGAGUAUCCUGGACCACAAGGUUUCCUAGCGGAAAACUGUCCAGUGACGUGUGCACCUUGUGUAUGUCCAUCGACUGAUGGUCCCCAAGAGAGGAGAAGACGCAACACAAACACUGUGGAGUUAUCUGUUCCACUGGGAGCAUGCAAUGCAAAGAGGGACCGCAAGCUCUCCCCGCCAUCGCUUGUGGUCUCCUUCGUUGCUGUGAUCUCAUUUCAUGAGUCUUUCAUCACAAAACUAGAUCGUGCCUAUCACAUUCAAUGUGCCUAUACUGAAUCCAAUCGUAGCAUCAGCACUCAGAUAGAUGUGGGCAUGGAAGCGCCGACGGAUUUGAACAAUACGGUAUCGCCACCAAUAUGUGCAUACAAUAUCGCAGGCAUUGAUGGAAAAGCAAUACAAAACGUACGAGUUGGCGAUCGAGUGAAACAUGAGUGGACAUGCAAAACAUCGGUGCCAAAUGUCUACACUAUGUUGGUUCACUCUUGCUUUGUUGAAGAUGGUGCCGGACAGCGAUAUGAAGUGGUCGACGAGAAUGGGUGUUCUCUAGAUCGUUAUAUACUCAACACUCCAUCCUAUAGCAGUGACGGACUGACAGCUAAUGUCGACGCAUUUAUGAUGAAAUUUCCGGACAGAUCUUCCGUGGACUUCCAAUGUGCCAUCAAGAUUUGUUCGAAACUUGAUGGAAAUUGCACUUUGACCCCUCCCGAUUGUUCGACGAAACAUACGAAUCAACGAAGGCGACGUGAUACCAACGCAAUGGAUGGGGAAUCUAUGACGAUACAUUCGAAUUCGUUAACUGUUCUCGAUGCGGACAUAGCUCAAGAAAUUCCCGAACAACUCGCAUACACCUCGGACCCGGAAAUGCUGCCACCCGAAUUCUGUUUCUCAGUGGCCGGUUUUGGAAUUCUCGUCUCAGCAUCAACUUUUCUUACAACGGUAGCCGUCGGCGUUGCGGUGGCAAAUCUCUAUAUGAGAUCUCAACAACGAUUUUGA